UUGUUACACGAAGCCAGUAACCACAGUAUAAACAAAAAAUUCACGAUGGCGGAAGAAGAUAGGCCAACCUCAGUCCUAGAUAAGAUUACCCGGCUCAACCUUUUAGAUAUAGUUUUGGAGCGUGCUAGAAAUUUCAAUAAGAAGGCUCUUAUUCAUUGUUUAAUCUACGUCGGUCGCAUGAACCCACAACGCCACUCUCCUCAAGAUUUAAUUGAACAUUACGAAAGAAUGUUUAAAAAUUACACUGGCCUUCUUCAGCUUGAACCAGCAUCUGGAUUGCUUCUUCUUUAUCCAAAUCACUUUGUACAUGUUCUGGAGGGUCCUGAAAAUGUGCUAGGCGAUGUCAUGGCUGAUUUAAGUGAAAGCAAAGAAUUAAGUUCUAUCAUUUCUGAAACUAAAGUACUAGUUUACAUAAAUGAUAUUCCAACACGAUUGUAUUCUCAGUGGUCGUCCAGGGUUUUAAAUUUAGCUUCAGUGAGAAUGGACGAGUCUAAAAUGCAAGAGUCCAUUGAAAGUAUUGUUUCUGAAGCAUUGACUUUAAUUUUAAAACUUGGAGCUGAGCUUGGGAAGUACCAGAAAACACAACUAAAAACACACUUAGAUCAGUUAACUACUAAGUUUCAAAACCUACUUUUGCCUCAAGACUUAAUUGAAUCCCUUUUGAAAUCAAAGAAGUUGCUUUCUGUUCCAGACUUCAACAAGAAGUACUCAUCACCACCUGCUAUUACUUUAGAAAGUGAAUUAGUUUGGCCAAUGCGCAAUCAUUUUCCUAAUUUGUAAUGACUGCUUAAGAAGACAUUUGUAAAUAAAAAGAGAUGUAAAUUAUAUAUUUUUUGAUGGAUGAUUUUUAUUUGGUAAUAUAUGUUUCAGAUGUACUAAUUUUACAUAUACUAAUAAAAAGUUAAUGUAUUUAUGGCCUGUAUGUUAUGGUUUCUAUCAGUUGUAAUGGGUAUAUUAUUUGCUUUGCA